AGAUUUCCUUGGUUAGUGUAUUAACUUUGUUCAUGAGGGAAAUCAUUAAUUCAUGUCAUCCACUAAAUGGACUAAAAGUUCAGGUCUUCUUGUCGUCACAGGUAGAAGAUAGCUGCUACCUUGGAUACAGCCGGAUUACAUAAUGUUUGUAUAAAUACUGCUCAGGGGGAUGUUCAGACUCACAGCAUCAUCAGGCCUGCAGGUGCCUCAGGGUCUCUAGAGCAGGUCCAAAAUUGACUGGGGAAAAAUACCAUUGCUCAGCAUGGAAAGUGCAGUGUUCUCCUGCUGGCUCCUUUUCCUGAUGUUCAGCCCAGCUGUUCCCAUGUGUUUACCCACUGACUUCACCCUGUAUGUGGAGAGGCCAGAGUGCGACUUCUGUGUGGCCAUCAACACGACCAUCUGCAUGGGCUUCUGCUACUCAAGGGACAGCAACAUGAGGGAUAUACUCGGCCCACGCUUCCUUAUCCAGAGAGGCUGUAGCUAUGACAAGGUGGAAUACCGCACAGCCAUACUGCCCGGCUGUCCGGUCGAUGCCAAUCCCAUCUUCACCUACCCCGUGGCUCUCAGCUGCCACUGCGGUGCCUGCAAGACUGACAGCAAUGAGUGCGCACACAGGGCCAGUGUGGACGGAGCUAGGUGUACCAAACCAGUAAGCCGUAUCCACCCAUAUCCUGGCCAAAACAACUACAUGAUCCCUUUCUGAUUCUUCUCUUGUUACCAGCAUGUCCCUUUAUUCUUUGUUAAAAUUACCAAACUAAUACUGCACAACCCAUGAAGAGACAAACGUCAUUCUCUAGCUUGUGCUGAAUAUAGUAAUAUCUGUCUGUUCUGGUACUUAUUGUUCCAGCAUGAUUUACUGUGUCUUUGUUGCCCAGCGUGUCUGCACUCUUCUCAGUUUACAAUAGGGGGGGUUUGAUCCCGGAGCGUAUUUUUGCCUGCGUCAUUAUUUAUCCUCCUGUGCUGUACACUCCUGUGUGUGUGACUCCCAGACUUACUGUGUUUAAAGGGAUACUCUGAAUUCAACCCAAUUAAAGCUAAAGUCUUUAAAUAGCUCUCUGACUAAGCUGUGCUUCACUUAAUCACAUCCUGUGCCAAACCAUACUGGAGCUUUCUGUUGACUACAUAAACACACAAAGCCGAGACGCUCCACAAUGUCACCUCAGGAUCCUAUAUUUGCCUCAGCAGACAUUGCAGAAGGCACGUGACUGUUGACACACCACCUCUGGGUAAAUAGAUUAUCAGUGAGCAUGUCGAACCUCAAAGUUUGGGCACACAAGAGUCACCAAACACCAAAAUUAUAGUGUGACUCCAUUAUCCGUUGAGUAAGAUUGUCUCAUCUCCAGCAGAGCUUAUGUGUGUAGUUUCCCAUUCUCAAAGGGAAUCUGGGAAGACAGCUGGAGCCUAUGAAUAGCACAGCAGCUCAGAGUGGGAGAAUGCAUGAUAAGUCCAUCAUGUGGAUCUCUGUGACAUUGCUCUCUCAUCCCAGUAUUUUAUAUUAUGUCCUUUUUAUUAAAGCAUUCUUCUGUUGGUAAGUUUCUAUAUUAAAGUGUAUCUGCUGAUGUUUGAACUAUUUUGUUAGGCUCAGACUGUUAUACAAUAACUGAGCCUCACUAAAGGCCUGAAAACAUCAGAUUUGGGAGGAUAGCACAGAGAGCGAAGAUCAUUUUCUGUCUCACUUUAUCAGUCAACAGGGGUGAUCACCAUCUGCAUUCCUCCACAUAUCAAGUUAUGCCUUGGUGCCACUGAUGCCUGACAUGAUUCAUAAAAUUACAAACCCUGAAAGAAUCUUCAAUGGGAGGUGUGUUUUGGGGGCCGGUGUGGAACAAAGUAGGUAAGGGCGAGCUGACUGUCUGGGGUUAAAGUAUGGAUGUAAAGCCAGUUUGUAAAAUGCUGAGGAAGCUUGUGCUGCUUCUGACAAGCCAGCACUCUGUUUAACCUUGCAGUCAGCUGACAAAAUGGCCAUUCAGGGAUCUGUAGACAGUGUUUAUUUCUUUGUCUAUCAGUGUCAAAACUGCUUCUUUAACUUUGACCCACUUGUUAAAAUGUGAUUGUUGUUGUUAAAAUGUUUAAUGCUUGUUCAUAUCCCAAUUUGGGAGUAUGUUUAACUCUGCAAAGGAGUGCCAAUUUUUAUCUUACGAAUGUCCAUAAAACAUACCGGGAGAACAAUGAUCUAUAUAGUCUACAAACUCAUAAACCUACAUAACUGGAGAGUUAAUAAUGGUGUAUACUUCAUACAAACAAGUUGACCUGAUAUAACUCUAAAAUUGUCAGACUGGUGUGGGACAAUGGUUUGAAUUGCCCAGCUGAAAUUCCCUGUGUAGUGGUGUUUUGAAAACCGUUAAUACCCUUAUGGAAAAAGCAGUGGAUGAAAUGGAAUUUGCUUCCAUCAGCACUCUAACAGAAGCAGCUAUGUGGCACACAUACCGAUCACUCUUUCAUUCAAACCAUUUUGUUUGUGUUGUGUUUAUUCAACUAGAAAAAAUGUGAGAACUUUUAAAGCCAUGCUCCGGGGAUGGCAGUGUCAGGUGGUCCGUCCACCACUUCAGUCUAGACUGAAAUAUCUCAACAACUAUACAGACAUUCAUGGUCCAUUCACAAUCCCCCAACUUUACGUUUAGUGCCACAAACAGGUUGACAUUUUUGUUUUUUAGUGACGUGUCUCGUCACCUAUGGAGAGAUUGUCAUGAACUUUGGUACAGAUACUCACAGUGCCCUGGUGAUGUGUCCUAUUAACUCUGGUGUGCCCCUAACCUCCUGUUGCGCCCUCAUCUGGUCAAAAUUUUACUUCAUAUCUCAGCAUCUACCUGAUGGAUUUGCACAAUUUUAUGCAGACGUUCUUGGUUCCCAGAUGAUGGAUCCUAAUAAUGAUUCCCUGACUUUUCCUCUAGCACCACCGUGAGGGUCAAAUGUGUGGUUUUGAGUGAAAUUCCUCCACAAUUUAUCUCACACAUUGCCAUGAAAUUUAGUACACACAUUCAUGUCUCUCCUCAGGAUCAAUUGUAAUAACUUAAGUGAUCCCUUAACCUCCUUUAGCUUCACUAUCAGGUCAACAUUUUAACUUGCAACCUGCAAAACUAACUCAUGUUCACCCCCAAUUAGCUAAUGAUAGCACGCUAACACACUGAACUAAAAUGUGUUAGCAUUUAUCUCCCAGAGCCAUGGUGCUUAAGUACAACCCAGUUACCAUAUAUAAAGAUGUACAACGUAUGGCCUCACUUCCGGGGCGCUGUCAUUUCAUCCAUCUUUAUUAUACUGUGUAUGAUACAGCCUAACAGAGCUGCUAGCAUAGCUUAAUAGCCACUGGGACCUUGUGACUGUACCUUGAUAUCAUUGCAACAGAUUUACAUUAUGACGGCCGAUGCCUUUUAUAAUUUUGUCUGAUUGCUAUAAUUCCUAGAUUACACGACAGCUUAACCAAACUGUGCAAGUGCAUAUCAUACGGUAAAUGUUCUUAAGUAUCAUUCAAAAGUUUUUCUUAGUGAACUGAUGAGGUUAUAUUUAAAUACAAAAUAUAAUGAUCAAAGUAACCCAGGUUUAAAUUAAUAGAAUUGAAUGGAACAGAAUGAAUUACAUAAGAACACACGGCAUGAGAAUAGUGAUGUAGGUGUGAGAGUGCUCCCGAUGGAAAAACUGCAUUCUUUACCUGUCAGGGAACCUCCCACCUUUACACAACUUUUCAGCUACUAACCUGCAAGUCACUGUGGCUUGGAAUGUGUAUACCUUUUAAAACCAAAGUCUUAGAUAAACCAGUUUCAAUCCUAACAAGAUCAACAAAGGGAGGAGGCUUCUAGAAGCCUCUUGUAAUUAUCCGUAGUAUGCACCCAGGACAUGGUAUGGUGAGCAUGUGCUACUGAAACGUAUUCAGUAGUAUUUACCAGAUGGUGUGAUAAUACUCUGGAAAGCCCCUUUUGAUAUUCAAUAGGCUGCCUUUUGUUCCUGAUUUAAUCUUGAGGAGAGAUAGACUGUGUUUGUCUUACCACAUUGAUACCUUUUUUUCAAAAAUGAUCUUUAUUUACCUAAGGUGAAGUUACCGGCUACAACUCUUUUUCAGCAAAACCUACAUUUGAUACGUAGCUGCACACAAACACACCUGAGAGUUCAGUGCCUUCCUCAUGGACACCUUAACAAAGACGGGCAUGAAGAGGGGUGAAACUUGUUCUGCUUUGUUGUCUUUGUUUUAUCUGUAGCUGUCGCUUCUGUUUAGGUACACUGAGAGCAGCAAAAAGCCAAGUCCAACUCUCUGUAUGUGUACACAUACUUGGCCGUUACCCCAACCACAUUUACUCUGCUGAGGGUUGACAUGAAGGAACAAGGACCAGCUGUUGGUGGAGGAAGUAUUCAGAUACUUUGCUUGCGUGAAAUUAGCAGAACCACAAUUUAAAGAUACACCUUUACAAGUAAAAGUCCUGUAUUUAAAACUGAGCUUAGUAAAAGUGUGUACAAGCAUUAUCAACAAAAUGCAGUUAAAAGUAUCUAAACUAAAAGUACUCCCAAGGCAUCAAAAUUGGCCCUAUAGUUUUUAUGUACCACAUUAGUUAUUAUUAUCGUUAUGCUUUACAAUUUAAGCACUUGAGAGAGAUAAGUGUAACUCUAGUCCCUUUCCCACUGCACAAAAACACUUGCUAACAUCUGGUUUUGUAAUGAAAUGGGAAAAAUUACAAUCAGCAUUCACACCGGGGUCAAAUAACUCUGCAGUACUCUCGGGUAUUUAUCAGCUCCAGCUUUAAUGGAGACACAACACCCCGGGGAAUGUGCUAAUUUCAGCCCCUUAACUGGCGAGAUGCAAUGUUGCACCAUCACAAAAUACCAUCCAUCUCCACCCAAGCAGUACUGAAACAUCGAUCCAAAAUAGUCUGCACAGAGACUAAAUAAGUUAGAGAUAAAUUUAAAAAAAAAAGAACCAGCGUAAGGUUUUCACAGGCCACCAUGCUGCUCUCCACUGUUUACUGACCUGUUUUCUGGCUUGUCUGUGACAUCGAACAUGACACACUAAAUACGCCCCCACACAAACAGAAAGCCAAACUUGUCUCCUGCAGGGCCAUGUGCAUAGCUGGGUCUACUGGCAAUGGGAAAGGAGUGUAUUGCCUAUUUUUAGCAG